CCAAAUUGACAAGUAAAUGAAAACAUCUGUUGAAUUUCGUAAAAAAUAAACGAAAACAUCGCAAAAAGUCCUACAAAAUAAUCACAACUACUAAUAAAAAGGUUAAAGCGUAGUUUUCGUUUAAAAUAUUCUUGUAGAAAAAGGGAAAUAUUGUGAUUACUUUGUGAUAAAAGUUAGGUUAUGUGUUGUUAUGACUCAAGGUGAUUGUGUUCAAUGAUUUGACCAUUUUCAAGCUGUGCCUUUAAGUAGGUGGCCUUAUAUGGGAGGUAGAGAUUACUGACUUUACCUCAGUCAGUUUGUAUUAAGUUUUCGCGAUGGGUGAUCGUGAGGGACCAAGCGGUUCGGGUUCGCAGGGAUCCGACAAAGGAGAGAGGAAUACUCGGUCUUCUGCCCAACCUAUGCCCACUGGCUCAAGUUACUAUGCCAGUGAACCGAUACAGUUCAGAGUAAGAGGUUCUACAAUUACUGGUGCCUCUCCACCCAAGUUUGUGACCCUGGAAGACAUCAUGAAGGCAGCCCAUGGUAUGCAGAACAUGGCUCUAGCUCAUGAGAUUGCUGUUGACCAGGAUUUUAAGCUGGAACCUUUUGAACCACCAGACAAUAGCUACCAGAAAUUAGUCAAAGAGACAAUGCAUAAAGCUUAUUUUGAUAUACUAAGAGAGCAGCUCAACUCUGACCCGCCGGAAUACAAGCAGGCUCUUGUACUAUUAGAAGAUGUUAAACAGGGUCUAUUCUCAAUCCUACUUCCCCGUCACACCCGUAUUAGAGAGAUGAUCGAAGAAGUCCUAGAUGCAGAAUUUAUUCAGCAACAAGCGGAGAACAAUAGUUUAGACUUCCAUAAGUAUGCUAGCUUUGUGAUCGACCUGAUGGCUAAGUUAGCUGCCCCGGCUAGAGAUGAGAUGAUACAGAACAUUACUAAACUUUCUGAUACUGUGGAUGUCUUCCGAGCGAUACUAGAGACUCUAGAAAUCUUAAAACUAGAUUUAGCAAAUACAUUGAUAGCUAUGAUCAGACCACAUGUACAACAGGAGAGCGUCCAGUAUGAGCGCGCCAAGUUUGACGAGAUGCUCAAAGUGUCUGAAGAUGGUCUCCAACACACAAAGGAAUGGUUGAAACGUCACAUAGAUCUCGAAGGUUUGACUCUACCAGUCACAGACAAGGUCGUCAUCAGGAAUGUCACAGCUCAGACGUUAGCGAAGGCUUACCUUGAACUACUCGAGUGGGACUCUUCUAAAAGUUAUCCUGAGACAGUAGCACUGGACGCGCCUCGUUUCGCUGAGCUCGGUACCCAGGUGUACCGACUGAUAUGCGUCGCGUCCCUGAUGCUGGCCAGUCCAGCCUGUGGCAGCGACCAGACUGCUGCCGCCGCGCAUAAACAGGCUCUGAAGGAAAAGAUACUGAUCCUCAUUGAUAAUACUACCAAUGAUAUAGAACUAAAACAAGUGCUACCAUCAUUGGCUGAAGAAAUUAUCCAGGUGACGGAACAGCUUCUGGAGAACCUCAAUCAGUCUCCACUGACGGGUGAGACCAAGGAGAUCAUCAGGACACAGAUCCUAUCGCUCGGAGACCCUGAGCAUAGAGUUCGGGAGAUUGUUCGUCAGCGCGUCCUGGAGUUUCUAAAAACCAUCCUUGUCUGCGGUGGAGGGUCUCGUCAGAUCCCUGUAGGGCUUUCAGCUCUAGCCAGAGAGCUGACGUCAGUGUCAGGAACACUACUCCGCUACGUAAUGCACAACAAGGCCGUCUUCACUUCACAUUACAUGGACAUUGUGUCUGAAGAACUCAGUAGAAACUAAGCUUUAUCUGUAUUUGUAUGUAGACUAAUGUUAUUAUGAUGUUUUAAUAAUAAUAAUUUUCGAGUAGGGAUGAUGACGAUAUCAGUACCUUAUUGAGCCUAUACCGGUUUUGUCAGCAAAGGACACUUCGGGCGUCGGGGAUCGCAAGACGAUCUCCGGCCUCCGUAAUCGCGGGUCUGCGGACGGCGAGCAUGGGUGGUUCGCCGCCCGACCAGAACCAGACCCGAGCGUACGGCGCGUCGCG